AUGGAGGAGCUCACUCUGCAACAACGAAAGAAAGAGUUACAGCUGAGCGGAGAAAUAGCCGCUGCGAAGCUGAAAGAGACGUGUACGAGCAAGCCGAGGCCCAAGAGCUUAAGCAAUCGACCCUUCCUGCUAUUAGACGCUCGUACCGGAAGGUCAAAGAAUCCCUUCGCAACCGAACCCACAGGGGACAACCAACAUCAAAGUAUGGAAAAUACUCCCAAGAUCAAUUCGAGGCAGGACUUCGCCAGCAACUCAACAUCUACUCCACGUGACGAAUUGUUCCAACGAAUUGUUGAAAUACAAGACCAACAAAGUAACGCCCUCCAACAACUUAUCCGCCAACAGCAACAGGGUGUCUUAGCUUUGACUCUGCCCCAACCAAGUAUGCCAGUCUUCAGCGGAAACCCUGUCGACUAUUGCGAUUUCAUCCGCUCCUUCGAGCAUCUGAUCGAGUCGAAAACCACAAGCCCAAGUGCACGACUCUACUACCUUGUUCAACACACUAGCGGUUCUGUACAGGAACUCAUGAAAAGCUGUCUUUCGAUGAAAGAGGACGAAGGAUACGCAGAAGCUAGAAAACUCCUCAAAGAACGUUAUGGAAAGGAGUACCGGGUCGCCGCCGCCCACCUUCAACGGCUGGUCGACGGUCCACCAAUCAAGAGCGAAGACGCGAACGCCCUUCAGCAAUUCUCGAUACAAAUAACCAGUUGCACAAACACGCUGGAGAAGAUUGGAUACCUGCAUAAGCUAAAUAACUCGGAAAAUCUGAAAAAGAUAGUCGAACGCCUACCCUACGCGAUGAGAGUCAAAUGGCGAGACACAAGGGCUGCAAAUCAUCCAGUCUUCGGAAAGAUCGCCAUAGAGAAACCCAAGCCGCUCAAGCAGAACCAGAGGAAAUCACAAUAUGGAAAGGCUACAGGUUUCGCAACCCAAUCAACCUCACAAUCACCCAAAUGUCCACAGUGUGGCUCCAACCAUUGGCUGUCUCGCUGUGAUAAGUUUAAAAAACAAUCUCUAGAAGAGAGACAGAAGUUCGUCCGGGAAAAGAAACUUUGUAUUAACUGCUUGUCAACUGGUCACUACGUCCGCUCGUGCGAGAAAGAAAGUUUUUGUAAAGUUGAUGGAUGUGUCGGCAAGCAUUCAACCUUUCUUCACCCGAAAUUGCAACAGCCCCUGAACAACAAGAAAAACGACUCCAAACAGGAAGAGAAAAUUCCGGAGGAUCGUCGCUCUGAAGAUAAUCAUUCCGAAACACAAGGUAACAACGCCAACAAUGGUUACGUCAAGUCUAAGCCCGGUGGUAGUUCUCCAAUCACAGGCCUCGCAAUCGUACCUAUCGAAGUGAAAGCUAAAGGAAGCUCGAAGACGGUAAAAACUUACGCGUUCCUCGAUUCAGGCUCGAAUACCACCUUCUGCACCGAAAAAUUGCUUGAAGAACUCGAGACCCACGGUACAAAGACGAAGCUGUCAUUGACGACGAUGCAAGCCGAAAAUGUUCCGGAACAAUGUACAAUGGUUAGCCUGGAGAUCUCGGACCUCGCGGGCAACUCUGAAAUCAACCUCCCAACGGUGUAUUCAAGGCCGAACUUGCCAAUUCCGAAAGACGCCAUUGGAAGGCAAGAAGAUGUAAAUCGCUGGCCCUAUCUAACUGGAAUCAGAAUAAAUUCAAUCGACGCAGACAUUGGACUGCUUAUUGGUAGCGAUGUCCCGGAAGCUCUCCAACCUCGUGAAAUGCGACAAAGUCAGAACGGUGGUCCAUUCGCAACCCGAACGGCCCUUGGAUGGGUCCUGAAUGGUCCAUUAGGCAGAAACGGAACGAAGACUUCGACGGCGAACCUAGCUCAAGCUAAUCUAACCUUGGACGAAAAAUUCGAAAACCACUGCAACUACGAAUUUAAUGAUUACAAAUAUGAUACUAACCCAACAAUGUCUCAGAACGAUCGAAAGGCUCUCGGCAUCAUGGAAGAAUCGGUUAAGAUGGAAAAUGACCAUUACGAGAUCGCGCUCCCGUGGAAAAACUACCCACCAGACCUACCUAACAAUAAAACCCAAGCCGAACAUCGCUUACAAUUGCUGAAAAAACGACUAAACAACAAUCCCGAACUUCUUCGGAAAUACCGAGAUUUCAUGGAUAAACUAUUCGAGAAAGACUACGCGAGCGAAGCAAUCAACAAAGAAGAAGGAUCGUUAGGUACGCGCUGGUACCUCCCACAUCAUCCUGUCUUCCAUCCACAAAAACCAGAUAAAGUCAGAGUUGUUUUCGACUGUUCUGCGAAAUACGGCAACACCUCCCUUAACGACCGGCUCUUACAGGGGCCGGACCUAACCAACUCACUCGUCGGGGUGUUAACACGGUUCCGCGAAGAACCCAUUGCGUUCAUGUCCGACAUCGAAGCAAUGUUUCAUCAAGUCCGCGUUCGACCAAGCGACAGAGAUGCUCUACGAUUUCUGUGGUGGCCGAACGGCAAUCUCGAGAACCCUCCCGAAGAGUAUCAAAUGAACGUCCAUUUGUUCGGCGGUACUUCUAGCCCAAGUUGUGCGAAUUACGCACUGAAGAAAACGGCGAUGGACAAUGCAUCGCACUUCCACGACAAAACCAUCGAGACCGUCAAACGCAAUUUUUAUGUCGACGAUUGUUUGAAAUCAGUUCGCGACGAAGAAGAAGCAAUCAAACUUUCGAAGGAAUUACGCGAAUUACUAUCACUAGGAGGAUUUAAUCUCACGAAGUGGUUGUCCAAUUCUCGAAAGGUUAUUGAAUCCUUGCCGGAAGCAGAAAGAGCAGCUCAAGUCAAAGAUUUGGAUUUCGACAAGAUUCCAAUAGAAAGAGCGCUAGGCGUCAGGUGGAACGUGUCUUCAGACACGUUCGGCUUCGCAAUCGUGAUUAAGGAACGACCGGCAACGAGAAGAGGAAUACUUUCGAUCGUCAGUUCUAUUUACUACCCCCUCGGAUUCGUUGCUCCUUAUAUUCUCUCGGCAAAAUUGAUCUUACAAGAACUUUGUCGAUUAAAGCUCGACUGGGACGAGAAGAUUCCUGAUGAAAAUCUUAAACACUGGCAAGCAUGGCUACAUGAUCUACCUCAACUUGAAAAUUUAGCUGUCGAACGCUGCUUCAAACCAGCUACAAUGAAUGAGAUCAAAUCAACACAACUUCACCACUUCUCCGAUGCCUCGCAGCAAGGUUACGGAGCUGUGUCCUAUAUUAGAAUCGAAGACAUAUCGGGAAAUGUCAAAUGUUCGUUCGUGAUGGGAAAAUCCCGACUUGCGCCUAUGAAGCCAGUAACGAUACCCCGAAUGGAGUUAUCAGCGGCUGUAGUGUCUACGAAGCUCGACAAGAUUUCAAGAAAUGAAUUGAGCUUGCCUACCGAUCAAUCUUUCUUUUGGACUGACAGCACUUGCGUUUUGCGCUACAUUGAAAACACGACCAAGCGAUUUCAGACGUUUGUCGCAAAUCGAAUAGCGACAAUACAUGAUGCAUCGACCCCCAAGCAAUGGAAUUACGUGGACACUCGUUCAAAUCCUGCUGAUGACGCAUCAAGAGGCGUGCCGGCAGACUCUCUUGCGAUGGAUCAAGGGUCCCGAUUUCCUUACUAA